AUUAUCGGUGUUUUUUUCUCUGUUGCAGCAGCAGUGUAUUUUUCUCCGAGAAAAAAUCCUCAAAAACUGUACAAAAACUUUAUUUUCGUGACUAAAAACUGUUGGAAUCUGUGCCUAAAUAUCUCUGUUUCAAUAUUCAUUUGUUAUUUUGCCCUAAAAUGUGUUAGUUUAGUGUAAAUGGUGAAAUAUAUGUAGUGACUGAAAUCUAACCUCAAAAUCACAGUUGCUACGGAAAGUAAAUAAAAACAAAGUUGUUCCGGCAAAAUGGAUAAUGAUAGUGAUACUGACGAUAGGAAUGAGGUAGAUUUGACGGGAUUCCUGUUUGGAAAUAUCGAUUCAUCGGGGAGACUCGAGGAGGAUAUCUUUGAUAGUGAAUCCAAGCGGCAACUUGCAUCUCUUGCCAGAUUGGGUUUGAAUUCCCUCCUGAGUGAGGUGAUCAGCCUACCUAGCGACAAAGACAGUCGCCGGAGUUCCAGGGAAGAUGACAGUGGAGAUGAAUUUCGUCGUCAGGAUUCUGAAGAUGACACAAAUGAUGAGGAUUUCACGACAAAAGCUGACACUGCUGUAGAUUACUCAGAUAUCAAUGAACUUGCUGAAGAUCUUCCAGUGGCCAUUGAGCCGACUGAGAAUAAAAGCCAGCCUGAAGAUGAUUAUGACAUUGAAGAUGCCAUUCCGGCCAAUAAAGUCACUGUGGAUGGUGUGUCUGCAGAAGCGGUGAAGACAGAGGAUGGGAGAGCGUCAGAAAAUGGAACUUCAGCUAAUAGUAGCUCAAUUUCAACGGAUGACAAGACGCUAAUGCCUCCUCCGAGUCUUCCACAGAAAAGUGCGCCCGGUGAAGGGGAUCAGGAAGUAAAGGCAGAGGUUAAAGAGGAGAAAACUGAUGCAACAACUGAGAAAAAGUUAGACACUCCUCUGGCAGCAAUGCUCCCUUCAAAGUACGCCAAUGUCGAUGUCCGUGAUUUAUUCCCGGACUUCCGUCCAGACAAAGUUCUGCGCUUCUCGAGACUCUUUGGACCUGGGAAGCCAUCGAGUCUGCCACAGAUUUGGCGCAGUGUCCGGAAGAGGCGUAGGAAGCGAAAACAGUCACGGGAUGGCAUCAAGAGGGAGGGUUCAGAUUCAACUUCGGACACUGACGAACCCAAGAAGUAUCGCGGCUGGAAUUUGCAUUUUGCUCCGUCGCCCACCAAAGAGGAACUCUGUUCGGACGAUGAAGAGAAACUCCUCAGUGAGAUCACAGAUGCAAUGACAGAAAAGUCCCCGGAAACGGGCGAGGCUGGAGACAACAAACCAAAAGUGGCUGACUGGCGCUAUGGUCCAGCUCAAGUUUGGUACGACAUGCUGGAAGUUCCGGACUCUGGAGAGGGUUUCAAUUAUGGAUUUAGGAUGAAGGAAGAUCCGCAGCAGAAGGAGGAGUUUGAAAUAAAUGGCGAACCCAUCCCAGAUGACGCCUAUCUGAUGGUGUCUCAGCUUCACUGGGAAGAUGAUGUGGUUUGGGAUGGGAAUGACAUUAAGCACAAAGUCAUGCAGAAGCUAAAUUCCAAGACAAAUGCAGCUGGAUGGCUGCCUUCGAGUGGUUCCCGGACGGCUGGAGCCUUCAGUCAUACAGGAAAAGUUCUACCGGUUUCUACUCCGCUCCAAGGGGCAAAAUCAGGCAUCUCGCAGAGUGGGAAAAUGACAAAAUCGCAAAUGAUAUCCCUGAUGCUGCAAAAGCCCGAAGAGGCCGAUGAUACGUGGUACAGUAUUUUUCCGGUGGAGAAUGAAGAGUUAGUGUACAGCAAGUGGGAGGACGAAGUAAUUUGGGAUGCUGAGUGUAUGGACAAAGUUCCAAAGCCCAAAGUUCUUACGCUGGAUCCCAAUGAUGAGAAUAUCAUUCUUGGGAUUCCCGAUGACAUCGAUCCGUCAAAGGUGCAGAAGAAUACUGGGCCUCCUCCAAAAGUCAAAAUACCUCAUCCUCAUGUGAAGAAGUCCAAGAUUCUGCUGGGCAAAGCUGGUGUGAUCAAUGUCUUGCAGGAAGAUACUCCGCCUCCACCGCCAAAGUCUCCCGAUCGAGAUCCCUUCAAUAUCUCCAAUGAUGUCUUCUACAUGGCCAAAUCGUCGGAGACGACGCUACGCCUGAAGGUUGGCGGUGGGAAUCUCAUUCAGCAUUCGACGCCCGUUGUGGAACUCAGGGCUCCUUUCAUUCCCACUCACAUGGGUCCACUGAAGCUGAGGAUGUUCCAUAGGCCACCGAUGAAGAAGUACUCACAUGGACCUUUGGCAGCUCCGAAUCCGCAUCCUGUGCUGCCGCUACUGAAGAAUAUCCGGAAGAAGGCAAAGCAGAGGGAAUUGGAGAGAAUUGCUUCGGGUGGUGGAGAUGUUUUUUUCAUGCGCAAUCCUGAGGAUCUCACUGGACGCGAUGGGGAAUUGAUUCUGGUGGAAUUCUGCGAGGAACAUCCUCCGUUGAUGAAUCAAGUGGGAAUGUGUUCAAAGAUCAAGAACUACUACAAGAGGAAGGCGGCUAAGGAUCAAGGACCGCCAGAGUACAAGUACGGAGAAAUUGCUUAUGCGCACACGAGUCCAUUUUUGGGCAUCCUGGCGCCUGGACACUGCAUCCAGGCGGUGGAGAAUAACAUGUAUCGAGCUCCUAUUUAUCCCCACAAUGUCGCCCCAAGCGACUUCCUGCUCAUUCGAACGAGAAAUACCUAUUUCAUCCGGGAAGUUGAUGCUCUAUUUACGGCGGGGCAGCAAUGUCCGUUGUAUGAGGUUUUUGGGCCCAACAGCAAAAGAGCCAAUAACUUCGUCAGGGAUUUCCUCCAGGUCUUCAUUUACAGGUUGUUCUGGAAGAGUUCGGAUAAUCCUCGGAGGAUCCGAAUGGAUGAUAUCAAAAAAGCUUUCCCAGCUCACAGUGAGAGUAGCAUUCGGAAGAGAUUGAAGCAGUGUGCGGAUUUUAAGAGAACAGGCAUGGAUUCCAAUUGGUGGGUGAUCAAGCCGGAAUUCCGGUUGCCAAGUGAAGAGGAAAUCCGUUCGAUGGUAUCCCCAGAGCAGUGUUGUGCCUACUUUAGCAUGAUUGCAGCCGAACAGAGGCUCAAAGAUGCUGGAUAUGGGGAGAAAUUUAUUUUUGCCCAGCAGGAAGAUGAUGAUGAAGAGAUGCAAUUGAAGAUGGAUGAUGAAGUUAAAGUGGCUCCUUGGAAUACAACACGAGCUUAUAUUCAGGCUAUCAGGGGGAAGUGUCUGUUGCAAUUGACUGGACCAGCUGAUCCGACGGGAUGUGGAGAGGGUUUUUCUUACGUACGGGUACCUAAUAAGCCGACGCAGACCAAGGAAGAGCAAGAGAGUCAGCCAAAGAGAACAGUAACGGGAACUGAUGCAGAUCUCAGGAGGCUGUCGCUGAAUAAUGCUAAGGCUUUGUUGAGGAAGUUUCAGGUGCCGGAGGAGGAGAUUAAGAAAUUGUCUCGAUGGGAGGUGAUUGAUGUUGUCCGGACACUGUCGACGGAGAAGGCAAAGGCUGGGGAGGAGGGAAUGGAUAAAUUUUCGCGUGGAAAUCGUUUUUCAAUAGCUGAACAUCAAGAGAGGUACAAGGAGGAGUGUCAGAGGAUAUUUGAUCUGCAGAAUCGGGUGUUGUCCAGUGGGGAGGUUCUGUCGACGGAUGAGGGAGAAUCAACGGCGUCGGAGGAGUCAGAUUUGGAGGAAUUGGGGAAGAAUUUGGAGAAUAUGUUGGCCAAUAAGAAGACUUCUACGCAAUUGUCGUUGGAGAGGGAGGAGCAGGAAAGGCAGGAAUUGCUGAAGAAGAUAAUGGAGGAGAGGGAGGGAGGGACGCCAAAGGGGGCUAAGGGGAAGAAGGAGGAAGAACAAGGUGGGAAUUUGAAUAAUCCUCAACCGGGGAGGAUACUGAAGAUUACCAGGACUUUUAAGAAUGCCGAAGGGAAGGAAUUCACAAGAGUUGAAAUUGUUCGGCGGCAACCGGUAAUUGAUGCUUACACGAAGAUUAGGAAUACCAAGGAUGAGGCAUUUAUUAAGAGUUUUGCAACGUUGGAUGAGGCUCAGAAGGAGGAGAUGAAGAGGGAAAAGAGGAGGAUACAGGAACAAUUGAGGAGGAUUAAGAGGAAUCAGGAGAAAGUUGGUAUGAUGAGUCAUAUGCACGCAGCUCCGGGAAAUCCAAUUAGUUUGGGCGAUAGGGGCAGUGCUAGUUCACACAGUUCAGGACCAACACCAAGUCACACUCCAACAGUUCCGGCUGUCAAGGAUACGAGUCCGUUGAGGCGAAAGACAAAGUUCAAGACGGAUUUGAAGUUGAAAUGCGGAGCCUGUGGACAAGUUGGGCACAUGAGGACAAAUAAGGCAUGUCCAUUGUACACAGGGACACCUGGACCGACUCCAUCGCUCACGGUGGCCAUGACGGAGGAGCAGGAGGAGGAGAUUGAGAAGGAAUUGAAUGCAGAUGAUGAGGAUUUGGUGAAUGUUGAUGGGACAAAGGUGAAAUUGAGUGGGAAGUUGCUCAAACGUCAUGAAGAUGUCAAGAGGCGAACGUUGUUGCUGAAGGUGCCCAAGGAUGCAGUGGGCAGGAGGAAGAGACGUGCUGGACUGGAUCUGCACUGUGACUACCUGCAGAGGCACAAUAAAACAGCCAAUCGUCGUCGAACUGAUCCAGUUGUCGUCCUCUCGUCAAUUCUCGAACAAAUCCUCAAUGAUAUGCGAGAUCUUCCCGAUGUGCAGCCUUUUAUGUUCCCUGUCAAUGCUAAACUCGUGCCGGACUACUAUAGGAUUGUCCAGAGACCGAUGGACUUGCAGACAAUCCGGGAGAAUUUGAGGCAGAAGAGGUAUCAGAGUCGAGAGGAUUUCCUCGGGGAUGUCAAUCAAAUUGUGGAAAAUUCAACAGUUUACAAUGGACCGAAGAAUCUUCUGACCAUUGCGGCUCAGCGGAUGCUGCAAAAGUGUGUUGAUCGUCUGGCAGAAAAAGAGGAACGUCUGAUGCGUCUGGAAAAAGCUAUCAAUCCCCUUCUCGAUGAUGACGAUCAAGUAGCCUUGUCGUUCAUUUUUGAAAAGCUAAUGACAAAUAAAUUGAAAGUGAUGCAAGAGGCUUGGCCAUUCCUCAAACCCGUCAAUAAGAAGCAAGUCAAGGAUUACUAUACAGUGAUCAGGAAGCCAAUGGACCUUGAGACAAUCACCAAAAAAAUCACAGCCCAUAAAUACCAUUCCAGGGAGGAAUUUCUGCAAGAUAUUGAACUGAUAGCUAAAAAUUGCGAACAAUACAAUGGCAGUGAGUCGAAUUUCACAAAGCAGGCCAAGCUAAUUCUCGACUGUGCCCGAAGUGCUCUGGAUGAAUUUGGAGAGCACUGUGGUCAUCUGGAGAGGAACAUAGCUCAGGUGCAAGAGAGGGCACGCAAUGAAGCCGAACUAGAUGCAUCUUGGGCGGAUGAUGAACAAGAAACCAGAGGGAAUAGCUCAGCUGAGGAAUAUGUCGACAUGGAUCCCAGCGAAAGGCCACAAUCAGCUGCCUCCAAUGAUCCACAGUCAUCCCGUUCACACGGACCACAAAUCAUCCCAGCGCUGCCCGAAGUCAAACGAGGCCGAGGAAGACCAAGAAAAGCCAGGGAUACCCUCGAAGACGUUAAAUUGUGGGGCAUGAAACGAGGUCGUGGACGUCCCAGAAAAGACAGCCACACUUCAAAUUUAAGUAGUACACAAAAUACUUACUUGGAAGAAGAUUUACAAUUCUCCACGGAUGACGAGGAAUUCGAGGAGGUCGGAAGUGACAAUGACCAUGAGAGUGUUGUGGAGACUUUGGCUCAGGGAGAAGGUCUCAAUCGCAGCGGAUCGGCAAUAAGUGGCGGAGGUGGAGGAAGUUCAAUUGGAGUCCAUGGAGAUGAUGAUAGUCAGCAAGCGGCUGAAGCGAUGGUGCAAUUGAGCGGAAUUGGCUUUUACAAUCAACCGCAGGAUGAGUCAAUUGAUCUCGAUCCCAAUUAUGAUCCUUCGGAUUUCCUGGGAAUGACUUCGAGUUCAUCUUUGGCACCUCAGCGGCCUCCACAGUUGCCGGCAGAGGUUCAGCCAGAAGCUCCCAUGGCUUCUGUCCCUGUUCCUGCUGCUGCUGCGGAGGAGGAACCUGCAAUUGUCAGCAAUCCAAGUGUGGCAAUUCAGGAUGAUCUGGCCAUUUCGGACACAGACGAAGAGGAUAACAAUUUGAUUUUGACCAUCACGAAGGAGGAGCCCACUGUGGAGAACAAUGAGGGUGAAGCUGAAGGUGAUCUCUGGUUUUAGGCAUCAUUUUUAUUAAUUUCCUGUAAGUCCAUCUUUUUUUCUCUUCUAUUAUUAUUAUUAUUUUUUGACCACUCUACCUGACUCCGGGAUUUAUAUAACCUUACUCUGAGGAAAUAUAAAAGAAUUUAUGGCA